AUGCGGCCCCCAACAAUACGCUCGCUACGGCUUUCCGGCCACCUCUUUCGUCGCACCUUUGCCUCGGCAACACCCCGAGUUGCCCUUCUCUACCAAGCUCUGGACCCGCCCAUCAUCAACGGUGUGCGCAAGCCCAAGAAGCCAGGCGGAUACCGCGACUCUGGAGCAGACAUUGCAUACGUGUUGCGGGAGCAAUGCCGCAUUUCCGUUGCAACUCCUGCGCAAAACCCCAACCCGACGAAUGAUGUCGACUGGGUUUUUCCAGACCACGAGCAGGGAAUCGUAGCCGCCGUGGAAGCUGGAGCUACCUGUCUAUGGGCAAACACCAUCCUUUUCAAAGACCAUCCUCUGCAGACAUCAUCCGCUUUGGUCCCAUACCAGGAUAAAGUUCGUGUUGUUGGUCAACCACCGCUCUUUGUGGACGCGUAUGACGACAAGAACUAUGUAAACAGCAUGUUGAGGCAGCGCGGCGGCUUCACUCUCCCCAAAUCAAGCAUUGUUUCGCAGCAAGAUGAUCUCGAAGCAUCACUGGCACGCGACAACAUCUCAUCCUGGCCUGUCGUUGCGAAACCCAUCCGCGGACGUGGUAGCCACGGUGUCAAGCUUUGCUCGUCUCUCCAAGAGCUUCGCGACCAUGCCGAUCGCCUCUUUUCUGAAUCUCCAUCCAUCAUGAUCGAGGAGUACCUGUCGGGACAAGAGGCCACCGUCACGGUCAUGCCGCCCUCUGCCAAUCGUCCCGAUUACUGGGCCAUGCCUGCUGUCGUUCGCUUCAACCAUGUUGAUGGAAUCGCUCCCUACAAUGGUGUUGUUGCCGUCACCGCCAACUCACGCGUCAUUUCUCCCAAAGAGGCCAGCGAGGAUCCGGCGUACGAACAACUUGCCAGAGAAUGCGAGGCCACAGCACGCCUACUUCAGACAAAAGCCCCCAUCCGCAUAGACGUCCGACGCUUCAGAGAUGAGAAGGGGUCACCUUUUGCGCUUUUUGAUGUCAACAUGAAGCCUAACAUGACUGGACCGGGAAGGCCCGGCAGAGAGGAUCAGGCAAGCCUUACAGCCUUGGCUGCAGCCGGUCUUGGUUGGGACUACCCUCAGCUUUUGGAAAACAUUCUACAAUCAGCCUGCUCCCUGAAGGACCUCCGGACAGCAAAGCCAGCUUUCUGA